GAAAAGACGUGUCGCGAUAGCCCACACUCGCGUUAACAUAACAUGGAUAUUCUUAAGUGUUUCGUUGGAGCAUUAAUCUUUACUAGUCUUGGGACUUUUUGUUCGACGAAAAUAGAAAAUGGAGGCAAGAAUAUCGUCUGCUACUAUCAUCAGACGUUAUAUUUCCCGCCAAGCGAAGUUCCGCAUCAGCUUUGCACGCACAUCGUCUACGCAUUCGCAAGUAUAUCUAACGACACGAUCGUACCAGAUCGGCCUGGAGACACAGAAACGUACGAUGUUCUCGUGGGAUUCAAAGCUUCGAACCCCAAACUCAAAGUGAUGUUGAGUCUGCAGCUUGGAUUCAACAAUGUUGUAACCGACCCGGACACAAUGAAGAAAUUCGCCAUCAACGCAAUUGGAUUUUUGCGUCAUUAUGGUUUUGAUGGUAUCGAUUUUGAUUGGGAAUUCCCCAAAGCCUCACAAAAAAAUAGAUAUAUGCAGUUUAUCCAGAUAUUUCGAGCACAAACAUCGCUUGACUCCAGACUCGGCAACCAGACAGCUCUACUGAUCUCCAUGGCUCUGCCGAACAACAACCACCAAGCAUCCAUCUUGUACGACUACACCAUAUUAAACAACAAUAUCGACUUUGCUACACUAAUGGCUUACGAUUUCCACAUGUACAUACCAAACGUGGAAAACAUCACCGGCUACAACAGCCCACUGGUGGCUCCUAUAGGAGAGAAUCCGAACAGUUCAACAUCCGGCCUUAUCGCGAUAUACCUGGGACUGGGUCUAACUCCCGAAAAAGCUCUGGCUGGUAUUCCAACAUACGGGCGAUCGUACACCUUGGCGAACGUCAAACAACAUGGACUGCACUCCCCGGCGAUUGAACCCGGAGACCCGGGUCCCGUUAGACACCUCCGAGGAGUUUACACGUUUACUGACACCUGCGCAGCUCUGAAACUUGGCGGCACCUCGGUGUGGGACCCUGUGUCUCUAGUCCCUUACCUGUACUGGGGAAAGAGCUGGGUGUCUUACGCCAGUGAGAAAAGUGUCGCAGGGAAGAAGAAAUCGAAAAAUGUGUUAGUCAGACUUGCUUUGUCAUGUGCCACGUGCCAAAUGGUUGACUGGUUCGAUGGGCUGUGUCUAAGGGACUCGGUGGUGUUGGUGUUUGGGCGAUCCAUCUAGAUGACCUGACCGGGGAAUGUCCUGGUCCCAAACUGCCUCUUAUCAAUGCUAUCCACUCAGCUAUGAAAUCCACCAGGAACCAUUGUCUAUAGUAACUGCAAUCAAUCCAGGAAAAUUAUUAUUACUGCCCCAGUAUAUUGAGCUUGACAAUAUUUAAAAGACAACUAAGCUAUUGUUGUUGUUGACCAUUUGUUUUUUGUCCUUUUAAUAAAUAAAUGUGCAAUUU